CAGGCAGCGGCGGGGAUGGCGCGGCGGGGCGGGGAGCGGGGCUGCAGCCGCCGCCGCCUGCUGCCCGCGCUGCCGCUGCCGCUGGUGCUGGCGCUGGCGCUCGGCGGGGCGCGCGGCUUCGGCGACGAGGAGGAGCGGCGCUGCGACGGGAUCCGCAUCGCCAUGUGCCAGAACCUGGGCUACAACGUCACCAAGAUGCCCAACCUGGUGGGCCACGAGCUGCAGGCGGACGCCGAGCUGCAGCUCACCACCUUCACGCCGCUCAUCCAGUACGGCUGCUCCAGCCAGCUCCAGUUCUUCCUUUGUUCAGUCUACGUUCCCAUGUGCACAGAGAAGAUUAACAUCCCAAUAGGUCCCUGCGGUGGCAUGUGCCUUUCUGUCAAAAGAAGAUGUGAACCUGUCCUAAAAGAGUUUGGAUUUGCCUGGCCAGACAGCCUAAACUGCAGCAAAUUCCCACCUCAGAAUGACCACAACCACAUGUGCAUGGAGGGCCCAGGAGAUGAAGAGGUUCCCCUUCACAGCAAGAUGCCCUUGCAGCCAGGAGAAGAAUGUCAUGCCAUGGGAUCUAAUUCAGACCAGUAUAUCUGGGUGAAAAGAAGCUUGAACUGUGUCCUUAAGUGUGGCUACGAUGCUGGUCUCUACAGCAGAUCAGCUAAGGAAUUUACUGAUAUCUGGAUGGCGGUGUGGGCAAGUCUGUGCUUCAUAUCAACUGCAUUCACAGUCCUGACCUUCCUGAUCGAUUCUUCCAGAUUUUCUUACCCCGAACGCCCAAUCAUAUUUCUGAGUAUGUGCUACAAUAUUUAUAGCAUUGCUUAUAUUGUGAGGCUGACUGUGGGCCGGGAAAGGAUAUCCUGUGAUUUUGAAGAGGCAGCAGAACCUGUUCUUAUCCAAGAAGGUCUUAAGAACACAGGAUGUGCUAUAAUUUUCCUACUGAUGUAUUUUUUUGGGAUGGCUAGCUCCAUCUGGUGGGUUAUUCUGACACUGACAUGGUUUCUGGCAGCCGGACUCAAAUGGGGCCACGAAGCUAUAGAAAUGCACAGCUCCUAUUUCCAUAUUGCAGCCUGGGCUAUCCCUGCUGUGAAGACCAUAGUCAUCUUGAUUAUGAGACUGGUCGAUGCGGAUGAGCUCACUGGUCUGUGUUAUGUCGGCAGCCAGAAUCUAGAUGCACUCACUGGCUUUGUCGUUGCUCCACUUUUCACUUACUUGGUUAUUGGAACUCUAUUCAUAGCAGCAGGGUUAGUGGCCUUGUUUAAAAUUAGGUCUAAUCUUCAAAAAGAUGGGACUAAAACUGACAAGCUGGAAAGAUUGAUGGUCAAAAUUGGGGUCUUUUCAGUGCUAUACACUGUCCCAGCUACCUGUGUCAUCGCCUGUUAUUUCUAUGAAAUCUCCAACUGGGCUGUCUUCCGCUAUUCGGGUGAUGAUUCCAAUAUGGCUGUGGAGAUGCUCAAAAUCUUCAUGUCUCUUCUGGUGGGUAUCACGUCUGGCAUGUGGAUUUGGUCAGCCAAGACUCUGCACACAUGGCAAAAAUGCUCUAACAGACUGGUGAACUCAGGGAAAGUGAAACGGGAGAAGAGAGCAGAUGGCUGGGUAAAACCUGGGAAAGGGAAUGAGACAGUGGUAUAAUGAAAACCAAUGUGCUGACUUCCCUCCCCAGAAGGACUGCUCACGUAUAAACAUUUGCAGUAGAAAUGUUGCUGGGGGGGAGGAGUGAGGAGAUUAAUACAAAAAUUUGUCUCUGAAAAAAAGCCUUAAAGAAUAAGCAACCAUUUCAAAAGCCUCGCUGCAAACAGAAUAGCCAUAAACAAUGCUGCCCAAUAUAGGAAAGCCCAGGGAGGCUUUAAAAGCUGUGAAAAAUCUGAACUUUUUGUUUAAAGCAUGAUGCAACGUACUUAUGUCUUCAGAAGCCACAGGACCUUACAUCUGCUAGGCUCUGUGUUCCCCAAUCACUUCGUAGUGGGCAGAGGAAAGGAGGUUUAGAGCCAAAUUCUGGGCUGGUUUAGGGUCUAAUUCUCCGAGGUGCGGGGUGUUCUGCACUUCACCUGGCUGCCUUCCCUCCUUUUGAAUUCAGUGUCCUGAAGGAAGUGAUCAGAGCCUGUUAAGAUUUACCCUUAUGUUCUGUGCCUUGAUUAAGCCUGCACAUUUCAUAACACAGCCAAAGAUUAUGUUUUCAGACAAAUGCCAGGGGGAGCUUUUGAGGUGUGAAAGCAACAAAUGAACAGUGAAUUGGUAGGGCUUCCUGAGGUGUCAAGAAGGAUGGCUCUGUCACUCAUUUAACAACCUGAUCUUAAUGUCUAGGAUGACACGCAAUAUAGACAAUACUGUCUAUAGCGUCAGUACUUUUCGGACCUGUGCUCAAUGCCAUUCUUCAAAGAAUAACCACUUGGACUCUGAAGCGUAACAACAAAUGUGUAGUUUGUGAUUUUCUCUCCCUCUCUGUUCGCCCCCUUUUUGGUCCUUUCAGAUAACCAUGUUUAUUUCCACAAACUGACUACUUUAUUUCUCAACAAUUACUAAUUUUAAAUGAAGUCUUAUUUUUAUAGUCCUCCUUCCUACUGCAAGGUAGAGCUAAUGAGGGAAAGUGAAGGAAGGGUCACUUUAGAAUAACACACAGCUUUUUUUCCAAGUAAGCUUAUCUGGCUCUCCCCAGAGACCCAUUGCAUUAAGCAAUUAAGACUUAAUAUAUUUCGCUCAGUGUGAUUGUAUCUGUGCAGACGCCAGUCUGGGAGAAGUGAAAUGUUAAGUUUCUUGGCAGCUUCUUGUUCACACAGAUCUUUUGGUAUAAUUGUGUGUGUCAGAUACAAUUAAAAGAACAUUCUCCAGCCAUGACAUAGCAGUACAGCUGACUGUCUUAAAACGAUGGUCUGGUUGCUCGCUGCGAGUGGCAGAACUUUGUUAUAUAUAUAAGAAUGCUAGCAGGCAUUCAGUCGUCUUGAACAAUGGAGACAUUUUCCUUUUUGUAAAGGGAUCCAAAGAAAAGCAAGCCAGCGUCUUGGUGAGUAAUAUUGUUUCAUAGUAACCAUCAAGGUCUGUUAUCCUAUUACAAGAAAAGGCUCUAGCUCCUUCUCAACAAGAAGCCAAUGCCUCAUGCCAGAGGCCUGUUUGUUGUGGAGUAUGAUGAAACUACGUAACCUACAGACACUUACAGGACAAUUCUCCCUUGAAGGACCCUUAAGUUCACCUGUGUACCCUAAAAUACUGUUUUGUGGUUUUUAUACAGAGGGCUUCAUGGUGAUGUGCUGAGAACUUGUAAAGUGCCUUCCACUCCAAUAGAUUUAAAUGGUAGCAUGGGGUACAAAUAGCCUUAUAGGAAAUGUCAAGCUUAAAAACAGGUACCCCCUGGAUUUCCCAAACAUCAUUUCAUUCAGAGAGUAGCUUUUUAUGUAGUGUUCUUUCAUAGAGAUUGGUGUCGUUCUUUGUUAAUGCCAACACAUGUGCUUAAACACAUGUAACACUCCCCUGUCCCUCCUUCCAAAACCUAAUUGCAGUCUUUGGUUGAGAUCACUCACUAGCAGAGCAAGUGACAACUUGAUACAUCCUACCCAAAACACAAGCCAUUGUUUUGACUAGCUCUGCAUACUAGUUGAGACUUCUGAUCCUUUCUGUUAUGUCUCUGCUGUUACAUGUGGACAGUAAUGUUAUAUUUGGAGCUAUGUUUUCUGCUCUGGAAACGAACUCCAGCAAGCUGGAAAACGUUGACUUCGCUGUGAGGUGAUCUGAUCCACUCCCUGACAGACUGAGGAUGCAGAAUCAGAAGUUAGCUUUGAAUUCUGAGGGACCGAGGAGCAGGAUCAUUUGGUUAAGAUAGUGGGGCCAAACGCACGCAGGUCUCCCUCCACUGAUACGGGAGAUCAGUGACCCAGACUGACAGACAUACCUUGGACUUCGUACUGUUUAGCACAAUCAAUCGUUUACAUUUUUUUUGUAACCAUGUAACUUACACAGAACUGAAUGGUAAGUGGUGCCUUUUCAAAGUGCCCUUGCAUCUCAAAAUGUGGCUGGACAUCGCCACUGAUCAGUGACAUUCAGCAGUAAAUCAAAUCAGGAUGAUACUGAAUUGUUCCAAGGGAGCAUUUGGAGGAUAUAUCCGUUAGAAAUUGUGAGCACUCAAAACACUACAGCAGGAGGCAUAUUAGUGCCUGGAGAGAGAACUCUUCCUGUACUUUUGGAGGGGUUGUGCUAGCCUGAGACCCGUUGAGCCUAGAUUCUUCAAUUGCAGCAAUGUAACAGGUCAGUGGAUUUACUCAGCCGUGAGCUGUUGUAGUCCAGGGAUUUGUGUCUAGUUAAAGCUUGAGGCCCAGUAGUUACGAAGAGCGAGUGUCUGCAACUCUCAUGUUCUCUCACUACAACGUUGUUAUGAAUUUACAGCCAAAAAAUGUGUGACUAAUCCUUCCUCGGAAGUGCAGUUGCUGUGGUUAUACAGAGCUAGAAACUUUACAGCAGUUACCUUCCCUGCUCUGUCCCUCCUCCCUCUCUUUCUCAAGACAGUCCCACCCCAAGCUGUGUUUUGUGCUGACCACAGGCUUCUGAAAUGCCUGACAGAGGUACAAACUAGGCUACUUCGUGUUAAACAGGCAAAUUAGUUUUUCUUUCUGAACUUAUAAAGAAAUAGACACUGAUUAUUUUUGAGUGUACAGAAAGUAUAUCUACAUUGAUGUAUGUACUGUAAAUUUCUAAUUUAUCACUGUACAAAACUUUGCUAUUUAAUUUUUGUAUCAAAAUAAAUUUUUAACCCUUGUGAAUUAGUAA